AAGUGCUUGAAGUAUCCAGAACAGGAUAGCAUGAGCUCAUUUGAUUUCACAGGAGGAGUGACUCCAACUCGAGUCCUCUUCUUGAAUGACCAUGAACACCAAGCUUCAACUGUGUAUAGGCUUCAGAAAGGUUGGAUCCUUCAAUUCCGCCUGGGGCCAUCGGUUUUUGGCAAGAAGGUGGAUUUGUAUACCAACUAUCCAAGUCACACCGAAGACAAGUUUGAGAGAUGCAAGUAUCGUCAGGUUCCCUGGAAUGUUUCAUCUACUAAUCCUGAUGAUGAUACAGCUGUGCAAGCCAACAUCAACAUAUUCAUGGCAGGAUCUUUUCACUACUACUUCACGUAUGAUCGGGAACGUCAAGGAUCUGGCUAUUUCCUAGUGGAUCCUCAAAUCACAUAUGGCAAGGAGAACAAAGUCCUUCCUUUGGAUAGCAUAUUGUGCCAAACAGUUUUGACCAAGUGUCUUGGCACAUUUGAUGAAUGGAAAGAAAGGUUGAGAGUUACCAAGGAAGCUGGCUUCAACAUGAUUCAUUUCACUCCCAUCCAGGAACUGGGGAAUUCCUUGUCUGCGUAUUCUUUGGCAGAUCAGCUGAAACUAAAUUCCAUGUUUAGUACCAAGGACCGCCAAUAUGCGAUAGAGGAUGUUGCUCAGCUGGUUGAGUCUAUGAGGAAAGACUGGGAGGUAGUGAGCAUUUGUGAUAUAGUGCUGAAUCACUCAGCCAAUGAGAGUCCCUGGAUUCAGGAGCAUCCAGAAUGUGCUUAUAACCUCAGGAAUUCUCCACAUAUGAGGCCAGCAUUCCUCUUGGACAGGGUUCUUGCACAUUUUACAAUGGAAAUUGCUGAAGGGAAAUGGGUUGGAUCUGGAAUCCCCAAGGAGAUAACUCUUGAAUCUCAACUUCAGUCUGUUCGAGAUGGAAUACUUGGUUACUUCCUGCCACAAGUGAAAAUUCAUGAACUCUACAUGGUGGAUGUUAAGGCCCUGUUGGAAGAAUUUAAGAAGCAAGCCUCUGAAGGACCUCAUCCUCAUUGCAUACCUGAGUUGGGUGGGAAGGUUCAGAUCUUACAAGAUCCUUUGUUCAGACGAUAUGGGUCUACUGUUGCUAUGGGCAUGGCACUUCAGGCUUUCAAUGGGCCCAGAUAUGAGGUCCAUUCCGAGGAGGAAAGACUGUUGAAGUGCUGCCAAGCCUUUCGUCUUCACUUGAAGUUCUUGAAUCGGGAGAAACACAAGGAGGUAGAGAAGCAUAUUGUUGUUGGGGUGGAGAAUAUCCUCUCUGGGAUGCGAUAUGAACGUAUCCAGGAGGAUGGCCCCAAGAUCAAGGAGGUCUCUGAGAAGCAUCCUCUUAUAUGCAGGUAUUUUACAUGUCCAUAUCGUCGCCUGAGCUUGAGUGAGGAGGAGAAGCUCAUGUUUGAGGAAGGGAAGUGUGAUUACAUGAUGGCUCAUAAUGGCUGGGUUGUGAACCAUGAUCCUCUCAUAAACUUUGCUGAACCUGGCUCGAAUGUCUAUCUGAGACGUGAACUCAUUGCCUGGGGAGACAGUGUCAAGCUCAGAUUUGGUGAGAGACCAGAAGAUAAUCCUUUCUUGUGGAAUCACAUGGUGGAAUAUGCAAAGGAGACUGCUCGAGUGUUUCAUGGCAUACGAUUGGAUAAUUGCCACUCCACACCUAUUCAUGUUGCAGAGUAUAUGUUGGAUGCAGCCAGGAGUGUGCGACCAGACUUGUAUGUCAUUGCAGAGCUUUUUACCCAGUCAGAAUUGACAGACAAUGUGUUUGUGAACCGUCUUGGGAUCAAUUCCCUCAUCAGAGAGGCAAUGAGUGCCUGGGAUUCUCAUGAGGAAGGUCGACUUGUGUAUCGAUAUGGUGGGGAGCCAGUGGGAGCAUUCCUGCAGCCCCCUAUCCGACCAUUGGCCCCCUCUGUUGCUCAUGCCAUUUUCCUUGACCAGACACAUGACAACCCUUCCCCAGUGCAGAAGAGAUCCAUCUAUGAUGUGCUUCCCUCCGCUGCACUUGUUAGUAUGGCAUGCUGUGCCUCAGGUUCCAACAGGGGAUAUGAUGAACUUGUCCCCCAUCAUAUACAUGUGGUAAAUGAGAAUCGGCAAUAUCAAUCAUGGGAUAUGGGAGGCAAGGAGAAAACAGGAACAGUAUCUAUGGAAUCUGGUAUCAUGAGAGCCAGGAAGGUACUCAAUGAACUGCAUUUUGAGCUUGGGCUAAAGGGGUUUUCCCAGGUGUUUGUGGAUCAAGUAAGUGAACAUGUGGUGGCUGUUACUCGCCAUUGCAUGGCCACUCAUGAGACAUAUGUCUUGGUUGCCCAUACUGCUUUCACCCACCCCAAGGCUCAUCACAAGCCAAGAAAUAUUCGAUUGCAGGGAGAUAUAGUACACAUGAGAUUUAUGGCUUGCUUCAAGCACCAAUCCAGCAAGGGCAAUUGGGACUUCCGAGAGUAUGAGUAUGAGAAGGAUGAAAAAUUCAUCAAUGGUGCUUCUGGAUUUUGUGUGGAGUUGCGGGAAAACUUCCCCAUCUCUGAGUGUCCCUUGAUUAAAGUCUGGCCAACUGGUGAACCUGAUUCAUUUGAAGUGGAAUUCACUGAUUUCCCUCCAGGAUCAGUCAUUUGCUUCAAAGUUCUCCUUCACAAAGAUGCAAGAAAUGCAGUAGGGGAUUUGCGUGGGCUCUUGUCUCAGCUUGGCUAUUCACAACGGGCUGGAGAUGAGUCUGAAACACAAGAGCUGCAAAACAUCAUUGCACAGCUUUCCUUGGCUGACCUGAACCAUGUCCUCUAUCGCUGUGAUGCUGAGGAGCAAGAUCUUGGAUAUGGAGGGGGUGCUUAUGUCAUUCAUCACAUUGGAGCUUUUGAGUAUUGUGGCCUCCAAGGGUUGAUGACAUGUAUGGGGAAGAUACGAUUGGAAAAUGACUUGGGACAUCCUUUAUGUGGCAAUCUUCGGGAUGGAAACUGGCUCAUGGAUUAUGUGACCAGGCGCCUGAAACAGUACCGGGGAACAGAGGCGCUUGGACUCUGGGUGGAGAGGAUCUUCAAACCUCUGAAGUGUCUUCCUCGUUACCUCAUCCCAUCCUACUUUGAUGCCAUCCUUCUUGGAUUGUAUAAUCUCUGCUUGAAGCAGAUCUGGUCUUGUAUGUCCCUAUUUGUUGGAGAAGGGUCAGAUUUUGUGAAGGCCGUGGCACUUGGAUCAGUGCAGAUGGGUGGGAUUGUGCACUCUGCCCCUCUUCCUCCUCUUUCUGGCAAGCUUCCUCUAGGACAAACUGAACGUACCCUGACUCUUGCUGCUGGAUUACCUCAUUUUGCCACUCAAUGGAUGCGCACUUGGGGUCGUGACACCUUUAUUGCUCUUCGAGGGCUCUUCCUCCUCACUGGCCGUUUCCAAGAGGCUCGGGCUCUGAUCUUGGCAUAUGGGGGAUGCCUGAGGCAUGGAUUGAUCCCAAAUCUCCUUUCUGGAGGAUCUCAUGCACGUUACAACUGUCGAGAUGCCAUCUGGUGGUGGCUUCAGUGCAUCCAAGAUUACACCAAGCUCUCUUCUCAUGGGAUCGGUAUACUUGAAGAUCCUGUCCUUCGGCUCUACCCCACUGAUGAUUCACCACCUCUCAAGUCUGGCAAUGUUGAGCAGCCAUUGCAUGAUGUGAUUCAAGAGGCCCUGCAGAGGCACUUCCAGGGAAUGGCAUUCCGGGAAAGGAAUUCAGGCAUGCAGCUGGACAUGCAGAUGACCUCUGAGGGAUUCAAUGUUGCAUUUGGCACCGAUUAUGAAACAGGCUUCAUAUUUGGUGGGAAUGUGCACAACUGUGGGACAUGGAUGGACAAGAUGGGAAGUUCAGAAAAAGCUGGGAACAAGGGAAAGCCUGCCUCACCACGGGAUGGGAGUGCAGUGGAGCUGAUUGGCCUCUCAAAGUCGACCUUGCGCUGGCUCAAGGAACUUCAUCAGGCUGGCAAAUAUCCUUAUGAGGGAGUGAAAUCUGCUCCUCCAUCAGGUGAAGUGACUGCCUGGUCCUGGAAGGAGUGGGAAGAAUGCAUUGGGAAGAAUUUUGAAAAGUAUUUCUGGAUCAACACAACCCCAGUGCCAGAGAAUGAACCCAAACCAGAAUUGAUCAACAGGCGAGGGAUUUACAAAGAUUCAUUAAAUGCAACUCAACCCUGGGCUGAUUACCAAUUGAGAUGCAACUUCCCAAUUGCUAUGGUGGUGGCACCAGAAAUGUUUGACCCAAACCAUGCAUGGACUGCAUUGGACAUGGCUGAGAAAAUAUUGCUUGGUCCUUUGGGCAUGAAGACCUUGGAUCCCUCUGAUUGGGCAUAUAGAGGCCAUUAUAACAAUGCAGAUGAUUCCAAUGAUUCUUCAAUAGCCAAGGGAUUUAAUUAUCAUCAAGGACCUGAAUGGUUGUGGCCAGUUGGAUAUUUCUUGAGAGCAAAACUUCACUUUGCCCAAGUACUUGGAGGAUCCCUGGUUGAAGAGACAAAGGGGUUUGUGAAGUCUGUCCUCUCACAUCACUUCAUCGAGGUCACAACAUCUCAGUGGCGUGGUCUCCCUGAGCUUACCAAUGCCAAUGGUGCUGUGUGCCAUGACUCCUGUAGGACACAGGCAUGGAGCAUGUCCACCAUCUUGGAGGUCUGA